AUGACAACGACAAAAGUUCCGCCUCAUUUGGAGAGCAAAAUAACCUUUCAAUUUACCAUAAGGAACGUAUCUCAAUUGUCAGGAGAGGUGUUUAGCCCUCCAUUUGCAUCCAGCUACGGGAGUGAUCGUUUUGAAUAUAACAGGGCGUCUUCGCCACUGUUUUGGCAGUUAUCAUUUGGGGUGAACAAGAAAUCUCCGGAAUAUUGCUAUGUGCGCUUGAUCGCCAUACCUAACGCUCACGAGAAAGUGAUUCAAACGCUCGCAGCGAGGAGAAAACACGUAACUGCGCGCUUGUUUUUAAAGGCAUCACAAUCAUCAGCACUGUACUUGGCUCAACAGCGAGUAUCACCUCAUAAACUAAACCGGAGAGUACUCGACCGAACUGCACCCAAAUUUUGGAAACGUGUUACAGUCGCAAAAGAUAAGGUAAUCGUCGGCUGUGUGCUCGACCACGCAGAAAUCCAAUCUGCCAAAUAUGCCACGCUGCUUCCUGACAAACCCACACCUCGGUCUUUACUUGCCGUCUGGGGUAGUUAUCUGAACAAUCCCUCUAAAAGUGAUAUCUUAUUUCGUGCGCGAGGUGGGUCGUUAUACGCCGAAUCGAGGAUUCUGUCGGCCAGGAGUCCGUACUUUCGUGCUAUGUUUAAUGGACAAUGGGCCGAGACUAAAAUGAAAAGUAUCGAAAGUCAAAUGGAGGAAGCGAUUUGUAGCGAUAUUGAGAAGGGCGAGGAAAACCAACGAGGAAAUAACGAAAUGGAUGGCAUGGAAGACACAGGAGAAGGAAUUGGAAAACAAGACGCGCAGGAAAAAAAACAAGGAGAGGAUAUAUCUGAGAAAAGAAAAUCGAAAAAAAAUGAAGGCGAAGAGAGGAUGGAUGGAGAUGACAGCUCAAUGGAAGAAAGUGAAUUUAGCGAUGAAGACCUAUCACUGUUUGAUAAAGCUAAGGAACAGCCUAUGGAAGUUAAGGAGGAGGAAAUGGAUGAUGUCGAAGCGGUGACGGAAGACAAGGUGGGCAGCAUGGGCAAUCAGUUUGGAACGAGUAACCGGCCAGUUAGUUUUGCGUCUACAUCGGGGAUUCAGAACGACGCAUGCUCUAUUAAAUCCCGCCUAAGCUAUUUGUCAUCCAUACCUUCAAAAGCUCUUCCUGCAUUAUCUUCUCCGUCUUCAUCCACUUCCUCAUCGUCCUCAUCUGUAUCUUCACCCUUGCCCCUCCCAACCAAAACUUCACAAUAUCACGUAAUCGAUCUUCCCGACGUAGCUUAUCCAACCCUCAAUGCUCUCCUUCUUUAUCUGUAUAUUGAUCUAAUACACUUUGAUGCCGAUCCCAAGUCCUCAAUAUCUGCCCUUGCUAUCUAUACUCUAGCCGAUCAAUAUUGCAUUUCUGAUCUUAGUGAGCUGGCGAAAGCAUCUAUUCUUGAAAACUUGAGUCCGGAAAAUGUGGCAGAAAUGCUGUUUGGUUCCGGAUAUUUGUAUCCGGAAUUGAAAGGGCCUUUGUUGGAAUAUAUUAUCAGAAAUUUCAAUGAUGUGAAAAAAUCAGAAGGAUUUAAACAUGUGUUGGAUCAUCCUGAAGAAUAUGAAAAUUAUGCAGAGGUUAUUAAAGAAAUUUUUGCUGGAUUGGAGGCACCAAAGACCGAGUCAUAG